AUGUCAAAGGUUUUCACGGUACUGGUUUUUUGUGGGAUCAUUCUCCACUUUUCUGUUUCCGAGCUUCGCUACGAUCCAUGGACAAAAAUAAUUCCAGCAGAAUGUGGCGAAAAUAAGGUGUACAGAACUGGUGGUGCAUGCGAGCCUAGUUGCUAUGGCACCCCUAGAUUCUGCACAAUGCAACUUAUUAUUGGCUGUUUCUGUAAGGAAGGCUUCUAUCGCACCAUUGACGGCAGAUGCGUUGCCGACUGUUCGGAUGAUCCAUGGGCGGGAAACUUUUCGACCUGUGGCGAAAAUGAGGUGAUCGGAACUGGAGAUUUAUGCGAGCGUAGCUGCUAUGUCAAUAUUGAACACUGCCCACCGGCACAUGAACAUGCCUGUAUCUGUAAGGAAGGCUUCUAUCGCACCCUUUUCGGUAAAUGCGUUGCCGACUGUUCAGCCGAUGAGUUCUUUGGUCGUUGA